AUGAAGCGGCCGGCAUCCAGUUCUGCGCAGGAACCUGGUGCGAAACGCCGCGCGAUGGAGGAGGUCGAGGGACCUUCGAGCCUGGAUGAGGCCUUUGACCAGCUGGCUGAGAGGUAUCCCGAUCGGCCUGCAGUUGAGGACGAGUCCAGCACCUGGACAUACCGACAGCUUCAGGAGGCAUCUCUCCGAAUGGCUGGCAACAUGCUUGCCAAUUUGGGUCAAGGUGAGGAUGAUGCCCCCAUUGUCGUGCUCCUGCGGCGAAACUGCCUUUGGGUGGCCGCCUGCCUUGCGGCGAUGCGCAUUACCAGCGUGCUCGCAUUGAGCUCUGACCUGGACAGCGAGGAGGAGGUGGCCCGGAACGCGGAAGCCAUUGCAGAGCACCGGCCCAGGCUGCUGGUCUUGGAGCGCGCCUUGAGCGGCGCCCGCGCUGCGAAGCCGCUGCUGUCGGCAGCUGGGGACAUCCCUUUGGUCUAUGCCGAAGAGCUUCUCCAGGAGGCACCCUUUCAGCCUCGCAAACGAAGCUUGGACGACGCUUUAUACUUGGUCUACACAGGCGGCACUACAGCCGCGUCCAAAUGCGUGGUGCAAACGCACAGAAUGGCCCUGCACGAGUUGCGGACCUACCCCGAUUUUGGCGUCCUCACCUGCGAGGAUCGGAUUCUACACCACACCUCAGCGUUUUGGGGUGCUACAUGCAUGGGCCUCUUUGACUUGCCUUGGUGCUGUGGUGCCUGUUUGGUGCUGCUGCCCCGGCACGGUCUUACAGAGGUCACUCGCGCCAUCGAAGAGCGCGGCAUCACGGUGGCCGGGCUUGUGCCGUCACUGCUGGAUGCCUUGGAUGAGAAGCGCUGCACGAGUUUGCGAACCGUCUUCACCUGGGGUGAGCCCUUGAGGCAAGCCACGGUGGAAGCCUGGAGUUCGCGAGUGCAGCUGCUGGAUCUCCUCAUUGCCAGCGAGUAUUGGCCAGGGGCCCCGGGGCAAUGGCCCAAGACUUCCAUCCGUUUCGGCCGGAAGUCGUCCUUCUGA